UGAUGAGUCCUGGGGUAGCGUCUCAGAAAGAAAACAUCAGUAAGCCCACUCUAGUUACUACUUCCUAACCAGAGGAGACAGGUGAAACUCCCAAACCAACGGUGGGAAUGGAAUAUGAGUGAUUCAACAGUGAACAUACAAAAAGGAGGAGGUCCUGCUGCCCAGUGCUUAGGAUCCCUUUUCAAGGGCAGCUUCAGCAGGGUGGAGCACGUGUUACUACCUUUCUUCCAGUCAGGAGUACUGGAUGGACAAGAUGAGCUUUCAGGGUCUCUUUUCAACCAAGAGAAGGACCCCAGGAGGCUGUUGAGGAUGUGGAAGGGGACCUCUGCCCCCAUGUGAGGGAUGGGGGGCUUUCCAGAAGCUUUCUUCAAGAUCCUUACGCCCCCUGCUCCUCUUGCUCAGUUUUCCCAGGCCUCUUAGGCAAAGAGUCCCAGCGACUGAGCACAGAAAGAACAAUUGGUUCUCCCCAUGCUUUGUGGCCCCCUCAUCUUUAUCUUCCAGCCAUAUCAUCUGGCUGAAGAACCAGAUGGACAUCCAAGGCAACCCCACACACAGAGCCCUGUCUCACCUGGGAAUCUGCUCCCUAGAGAUCCGCAAGCCUGGUCCCUUUGACGGGGGAGCCCCCCGGGAGGCAUUGUUGGGCUGCCAGAGGAUAUGAAAGACAAGGGCAGAACUUGUGCCUUGAGGUGAGUCAUUUCUCUCCACGGCUGGGAGAGUCGGGGGUAGACACAGCCUGGACAAGAAGAGCUCGCUGUGCUUUCCCCUUAAGGCCUUCUCAGCACUGUCAUCAUCAGGAUGUGUUUGAGGAGCCAUUUUUGUUAUCCACUAUCUCAUUUCUCUCCAUCAUAAUUCUAUACUAUGGGAAGAAUAGCUAGCUAUUUCGAUUUUGCAAAGGAGAAAUCUGAAGCACAGGGAGGCAAUUGGUUAACCUGAGAUUUCCAGCGUUGGUUAGUUGAGGUGUUGGCAUGAAGAUGGAAAGAGCCCAAUUCUCCCCGUCCUCACCCAGAUUGUUUUUCUUUAAAUUAUACCAUCUGCUGAAUCAGUCCAGGAAAGCUUCUGCUGUUCAUUGGGGGCUUUUGAACAAACCAGAAGACUUUCCCCUCUGGCUUGUUAAAAGAGAGUAUCGCACAUCCUCUCUGCCUCUUUUCGAGUAUUCAUUCAUUUAUCUAUGUCCUGUCACCCUGUGAGAUGUCCAUCACAUUACUGAUCUGCUUUGCCAUCAGGAAGGAUUGGACAGUCAUUUCCUUUGCCCCUGCAGGGUCAAGCCAAGCCCAGUCUCUAACCCACAGUGGACACUCUCUAAGUGUACAUACUGUGAGUCAGGGAUGAGUGGGCUGCCAUUCGUGCUGUUCUUCCCUAGGUGCAGACUGCUUGCUAACUGCCACCGUGGACACUCCCAAACCGGAGAAGUAUACCCCUUUCCAGUGCUCCAGAAGAAGGGUUCUGAGAGAUUUCUGAGAUGUUAACAUUGAGAAAUGUCUGAAUUCUUGCAGCUCCUCAGUGAGGCUCCCCAAGGAAAUGGCAACUCUGACAAAGUAAAGGUCUCAGCUGACUCUUGAUCCUGCUGGCUGGAACAUGGAAGGUUUGGAGGAAGAUGUAAAGUUCAUAGUGGAUGAGACUUUGGACUUUGGAGGACUGUCACCAUCUGACAGUCAUGAGGAGGAAGACAUGGCAGUGUUGAUGACUCCAGAGAAACCCAUCCGAAGAGGCCUCUCCCACCGAAGUGACCCAAAUGCAGUGGCCCCCGCCCCACAGGGUCUGAAGCUCAGCUUAGGCCCUCUCAGCCCAGAGAAGCUGGAGGAGAUCCUUGACGAGGCCAACCGGCUGGCAGCUCACCUGGAGCGCUGUGCCCUGCAGGAGCGGGGGAGCGCAGGUGAGGGCUCCGGGCCUCGCAAGGUGAAGCCCAGCCCCCGGCGGGAGACCUUUGUGCUGAAGGACAGUCCUGUCCGAGACUUGCUGCCUACUGUGAGCUCUUUGGCAUGGAGCACGCCCUCCCCAAGCAGCCUGACACCUCGGCUCCGGAGCAGUAAUAGGAAGGGGUCAGUCAAGGCUCUCCGGGCAGCAGGUGGAAAGAGGCCCUCCGGCAUGAAGAGGGAGUCACCCACUUGCAAUCUGUUCCCCACAUCCAAAAGCCCAGCAUCUACUCCUCUCGCCCGAUCAACUCCUCCAAUCCGGGGCAAAGCUGGGCCCUGUGGGAGAGCACCAGCAAGCCCACUUAACCCUGUCAGACCAGUCUCGGUCCCACAGCCUCCUACCAGCAGCUCUCAGCACCUGUCUCGAACACCGGGAGCAGCUGCUAAGCCUUCCAGUCGACUCCCUGUUCCCUCAGCCAUCCCAAGACCUGCCAGCCGAAUGCCACUCACCAGCCGGAGUGUACCACCCAGCAAAGGUGCUCCACCUCCAGAUUCUCUGUCAACCCGGAAAGGACUUCCAAGACCAAGUGCUGCAGGGCACAGAGUUCCUGUUUCCCAGCGACCAAAUCUCCCAGUUGCUGGUGCUGCUCGCAGCAAUCUGCAGGCCCCCAGGAAAGUUGCAGUCCCAGGACCUACCAGGAGCCGUUCUUCCAAACCACAUCCUCUACUGGACUCAGCUUAUUUAGAGAGACAGAUGCAGACACCUGGUCUUCAGAACUUGUUUCCUGUGAAUUCUGUGACUCACAACAGGCCAGUUUAUGAUAAGCUUACUCCAUUAGUCUGUGUUUUUCUAAAAUAAAAUGAAUAUAUUUUUA